CCGGCCGCCGGCACUGUUCGUCCGCCCGCCCGGUCGCACUCGGUCGCGCCGCGGAGCCGGCAUGGGAGCUGCGCGCGCCCUCCCGGAGCCCACACCUGUGUGAGCGGCGCGGAGAGCCGGGGCCCGGGCGGGCGGCUCGGCGCGGGGUGAUGCUCGGCAUGGCGGGGACUCCAGGGCUCCUCUUCGCCCUCCUCUUCCUCGUCCUCCUCUGUGCUGUGGGGCAGGUGAGUCCCUACAGUGCCCACUGGAAACCCACCUGGCCUGCUUACCGCCUCCCCGUGGUCUUGCCCCAGUCCACCUUCAACUUGGCCAAGCCGGACUUUGGGGCCGAAGCCAAAUUGGAAGUGUCCUCCUCGUGUGGACCCCAGUGUCAUAAGGGAACGCCCCUGCCCACUUACGAAGAGGUCAAGCAGUACCUGUCUUAUGAAACCCUCUACGCCAACGGCAGCCGCACCGAGACGCAGGUGGGCAUCUACGUCCUCAGAAGUGGCGAAGGCGAGGCCUCGGGAAAGUCUCGAAGGAAGCGGCAGAUUUAUGGCUAUGACAGCAGAUUCAGCAUUUUUGGGAAGGACUUCCUGCUUAACUACCCCUUCUCAACAUCGGUGAAGUUAUCUACGGGCUGCACCGGCACCCUGGUGGCCGAGAAGCACGUCCUCACGGCUGCCCACUGCAUACAUGAUGGGAAAACCUACGUGAAAGGAACCCAGAAACUCCGAGUGGGCUUCCUGAAGCCCAAGUUUAAAGACGGUGGUCGAGGAGCCAACAACGCGAGCUUGGCGGUGCCCGAGAAGAUGAAAUUUCAGUGGAUCCGAGUGAAGCGCACCCACGUGCCCAAGGGCUGGAUCAAGGGCAAUGCCAAUGACAUUGGCAUGGAUUACGACUAUGCCCUCCUGGAACUCAAAAAACCCCACAAGAGAAAGUUCAUGAAGAUUGGGGUGAGCCCUCCCGCCAAGCAGCUGCCGGGGGGCAGAAUCCACUUCUCGGGUUAUGACAAUGACCGACCGGGCAACCUGGUGUACCGCUUCUGUGACGUCAAAGACGAGACCUAUGACCUGCUCUACCAGCAGUGUGACGCCCAGCCCGGGGCCAGCGGGUCCGGGGUCUACGUGAGGAUGUGGAAGAGACAGCAGCAGAAGUGGGAGCGAAAAAUUAUUGGCAUCUUUUCUGGGCACCAGUGGGUAGACAUGAAUGGUUCUCCACAGGAUUUCAACGUGGCCGUUAGAAUCACCCCUCUCAAAUAUGCCCAGAUUUGCUACUGGAUUAAAGGAAACUAUCUGGAUUGUAGGGAGGGGUGACGUGGUGUUCCUUCCUGGUUGCAUUUCAUGGUCUUCCUGUAUUUAUAUUAGGAGAGGCCAGAUUUUGUCAUUGGGGUGUGUGGGUGGGGUGUGUGUGUGUGUGUAUGUGUGUGCACGCGUGCAUGUGUGAACUGUGUUAUGAUAUCUUCUACCUAAUUUUUUUUAACUGCAAGAUAACUGGCCGUAUCAUUUGAAAACUGGUUUGUGGAUCAUAUAUCAUGUAAGCAGUUUGGAGGCAUACUUUUGCAUAGAUAUUAAAAAAAAAACAUGCUGAUGUUUGGGGCAAUGGAGAAGAUUUAGUGAUUAAGUUAAUCUUUCACUUUUUGAGAACCUUGAUUUUUAUUUCACCUGAACUUGUUUCUGAAGUUUAUAUUAAAUCCCUGGCCUACGGGAGAUAAAUUCUUA